AUGAAAAGAGGAUACCUUCUAUUGAAUGUUAUAGGAUCAGUGCUAUGCACUAGAGUAGACUUAACUCAGAAUGCAUAUACAGGUAGCGAUCUCUAUAUUGAUGUUUUAAAAAAGAAUCUUCCUAUAGACUGCUAUGCGCAGCUAAAGCUUGAUAUUGAGGACACUGUCUCGCUUAGAUACUCAAAAAAGCACUUAGACUACUUUGACUUUAUAGACAAGUCCCCAGAAAAGGUUGGCAGUGAGUCGUGGUAUGUAGAGACCCAGAGAAUCAGCUCAUUUGACGCUCUUGUGUGGAUUCCUACAAUACUGCAGGAGUACUCCAACAGCCCCAACAACAAGCUGUCUGGCGAGGCUAAUAUAAAAAAGACUCUCGAUGAACUAAAAGAAAGAAUAGUUGAAGCCCAGAAGAACUACUGGACUGGAUAUUUCCUGGUCUCUGCAAUGAACUCUCCAGACUUUGCACAGAGACUGCAGGUCAAAGAUAAAGAAAUCCUAGUGGUAAGUGAGGACACAGAUGCAUUUAAGACGUUUAUAUUGAAUGCAGGGAAUGUUUUAAGCAGGCAGAUUCUUGAUGCAGGCAUACUCAAGAGCAGGCAGGAGUUCUUGCAGAACUGGAAAAUGAUUGAUGUGCGUGACUGGACACUUGAGCUGCAUAAAUAUUUUAUAGGGGAUAUUAAUAAGAGCGGUGGAAUGAUGUAUUUAGAGAAUUCUCUAGAAAAGCCCGAGAUUGUAGAGGUGUUUAAGAUGUUUAUUCAGUAUAAAAGAACCCCAAAGCUUGUGCGAGAGGUGGUUAUGUCAGAAUACAACAAAGAAAAGGCCUUGAACAGAGGAUCUUUACUAGCAGUAAAGAACAAGCCCUUCCCCCUAAGUCUAUCGGAUCUGAAGAGCAAGUCUCUAGAUGAUAAGCCUAAGGCCAAAGAUACACCCGAAGAAGUCAUAUUCAGCUUGCUUCCUUCUGUUCAGCGCGAGCAACCAGAGAUAAAAACUAACCUACCUGUUAUUAUUGAGGCUGAAAGAGAGGAUAGUGUAGAUGAUAUGAGUAUAGCAGAUUCACGUGCAAAGAGACCUCAAAGAAACAUCCGCUCUAAUAGAGAAUCUCGAAUAAGCAGCAUGAGUUUGAAUACAGAACUACAGGAUAACAGCGAAUUACUAAGCAAAGAGCCCCGAGAGAUCAGUGUGGGUUUACAUCACAAGUACCCGAUAGUAAUUGAAACUGAUAACAGUUUGCGCACGGAGUCUGCGCUUGAUGUUGCUGAUGAUGUAUUCCUUAGCCGCGCUUCUACGCCUUCUGUAACAAUAGACUCUUCCAAAGUGGGCGACAAUUCCAAGAAAGCAAAGGACAAGGAGGGGAAAAGAAACUGGUUCCAGAGAGCACUGCACAUAGGAAAAGACAAGAAGUCUGAAAAAAAUGAAGUUCCCAGCACAAAGAGCACUGAAGUAGAGCAAACUUCCGACAACUUAGCUGAGAUGAAGCGCGCUGCACCAGGAAGUCAGAACUUUAUAGACCCAAAUGUCUUACAUGCAUUAAGAAACAAGCAGCUGCUUAGCCCAAUAUCUGAAAACUAUGAUGUAAAUAAUCAGCAAAAUGUGAAUGAUUCUACUGGAUACAUUCCAGGCACAGGCCUGCCCAAUAGUGAUUUGCGCGAGCUGAAUACAAGAGGUGCUACCCCAGAGCUGUUAUCUAUGGAAUGCUUCUCUGUUCCCCACAGUUCAAAUGUUUUUAUAAAAGAGAACACGGAUACUGCUAAUAACGAUAGUGUUGCGAUAAAUUCUCAGGAGCCUAUUACUGAUAGCAUGAAUUCUGACUGGAAAAAGCAAGAAUUUGAUAAACUCAAAGAUCUUGAAUCUAUUAAGAUGGUUGCUGAUAUAGAAAAAAUGUAUGGCCUAGGAAACAAGAACCCACAAGAAAACACAAGCAUGCCAAAUAAGCAAGUGCUAACCGAGCAAGUGGCAACUGAGCAAGUGGCAGACAAGAAAGUGGCAAAUGAUCCAACCCCUCUGAUAAACGAUAAGGCCAAGACGUCAGCAGACUCUAUAAAGCAUGAAGCCUAG